AUGCUGGAUGUGUUGAAGUUCCCAAAGUUAUCUGGGCUUGAUGGGGUAGAAUGUUUGAUGUCUCUGAGGUACUUAAGCAUAGGACCAUCGGAAGCGUUAGAGAGGUUGAUGGAUUGUUCGGAACUGAGUAAUUUAAAGGUGCUUCCAAGUUGCGAGAAUCAAGUUGGAUUUCAAGUUCUUAAUAGCUUCGUUUGCUUGGAAGUUUCAGAUCUCACUGAUUGCAUGUCUAUGGAAAGACUGGACCUUUCAACUUUGAAGCUUCUAAGGAAAGCAAGUGUUAGGAAAUGCAAGAAUCUACUCGAAAUUAGAGGCCUUGACAGUUUUGAAUACUUGGAAAGGUUGGAUAUCUCUGAGUGCACAUCCAUUAAGAGACUGGAUAUUGCAAAAUUGAAGUAUCUGAGAUAUUUAUGGGCUUCCAAAUCCAAGAAUUUAUCUGAAGUCCAAGGCCUUGAUGUCUUGGAGUGCUUGGAAUGGUUGGACAUCUCUGGGUGCACAUGGAUUGAAGCAUUGCCAGACCUUUCAUGCUUCAAGACCCUGAGGUUUCUGAACAUCAACCACUGUUUGAUAGAGUUGAUAGUGAACGAUUGUCAUGAACUUCUGGAUGUUUCAGAGCUCAAAGAAUUGAGAUCAUUAGAAUUUGCAGAUAUGUCAAGAUGCAAGUCCAUUGAGCAUCUACCAGAUUUGUCAAUGUGCAAGAACUUGAAAUGUUUGGUCGUAAGAGAUUGCGAGAAACUUAUUGAGCUUACAGGGCUUGGAGACUUGGACUCGCUGUGGCAAGUGGAUAUUUCUGGAUGCAAGUCACUGAAAACAAUACCGGAAUUACCUGGAACAUACAUCAUGCAGAAUUAUGGAGAACCUAUGCUCCAUUCCGUGUAUGGGACUAUCACGUUCAGCUGA